CUGACUUCAGCUAAUUCAGCCCUUAAGCAAAGAUAUCCAGAUACUGUGUUUUCAGAGGUGAUGGAAACGGCUUAGGAUAAACAAGAACUCUUGUUUGUUCCCUCACUGAGAAAAAGGUUACAGGUAGUGUUCAGGCUUUCUUUGGCACUGGGGUGUGCUUAAGGCAGAAUAAGGUGUGUUUCACGAGUUGUGCUGCUCACUGGAAAACAGAUUUAGGUCAGUCUGCAAUGUUAAAUUUAACAUAAACCAAAUGAAAUCAAUAGCAGAGAUGGUAUUCUUGAGACACGAUGUUGAGAAAAGCUGUACACUUCCUCCUUUUCAUCUCAAAAGAUUACAUUUGAAACAGCCCCUCAGUUGGGCAACUGCAGAUCAAGGUCUGCCACAGCCCCAGUGAGCUGCAACACCCAGGUCCCAGCUAAACAUACUAACCACUGAUUUAUAGGUAGUCUCUACACCCUCCUGCUCCAUGGUGCUUUUGGGAUGGUGAGUUAACCAGAUCAUCUUUUCCAUCACAAGGAUUUCCCCACUUCUGAAAUACCGCCAAAUCAGCACUCAAACACGCUCUGCAAUACGUGCUGCCAGCUCAUGACACUCACAGCUGCUUCCCUGAAGUGCUCACUUUGUUUUGACUUCCUUUUAUCGGCGCAGGUUUCUGCCAGUGAGCCAGUCUGCUGCUGGAGACGGAGCAGCCACGGCGGCAGGAGGCAGAAGCAAGGCAGUCCAAGCAGAGCCCCAAGAUGUGGUGCCUCCUCGUGCUGCUGUGCUCCCAAGGAAUUGCCUUUCCAGCAGGAUUCACAGCAGCCUCCACUCCAGCUGUUGACACAAGCCGCUGCAAGAAGAGUCGCAACCCCGAGUGCUUCAUGAAUGUUAGUGAAAUUAUCAGGUAUCAUGGAUUCCCCAGCGAGGAAUAUGAAGUUACAACAGAGGAUGGAUACAUUCUCGCUGUUUACAGAAUUCCUGCUGGGAGGAAUGACCGCAGUACAGGGCCAAGGCCUACAGUAUUCCUACAACAUGCUUUUCUAGGAGAUGCUACUCACUGGAUUUCCAACCUGCCCAACAACAGCUUGGGCUUCGUGCUCGCUGAUGCUGGCUAUGAUGUCUGGCUGGGAAACAGCCGAGGGAACACCUGGUCUUUAAAACACAAGACUCUUAAGCCCUGCCAAAAGGAGUUCUGGCAGUACAGCUUCGAUGAGAUUGGUAAAUACGAUAUUCCAGCAGAGCUGAACUUCAUCAUGAAUAAAACUGGACAGAAGCAUAUUUACUAUAUUGGUCACUCUGAAGGGUCAACUGCAGGCUUCAUAGCAUUUUAUACACACCCUGAGCUGGCUAAACGGGUGAAAGUGUUCUUUGCUCUGGGCCCAGUAACUACAUGCUCACAUGCUACAAGCCCUCUGGUUAAGUUAAUAAAGGUUCCUGAACCACUGCUCAAGCUAGUACUUGGCUGCAAAGGAGCUGCACACCAGAUUGGAUUUCUGAAAGGACCUGUGACACAGCUCUGUACAAGCCUGGAUAAGUUUUGUGCCCAUGUUCUCUGUUACAUAGCUGGAGGCAGUGUAAAAAAUAUCAACACAAGUCGAGUGGAUAUGUACGUAGGACAUUCCCCAGCUGGAACAUCAGUACAGAACAUAUUUCAUUGGCGACAGCUAGCAUUUACAGAGCAGUUUCAAGCUUAUGACUAUGGCUCUAAGGAAAACAUGAAGAAAUACAACCAGACUGCUCCUCCUGUGUACAAGAUAGAGGAGAUAAAGAUACCAACUGCUGUUUGGAGUGGGGGACAGGACACAUUUGCAGACCCAAAAGACAUGGCAAGGCUACUUCCUCGGAUUACUAAUCUCGUCUACCACGAGAAUGUUCCUGCAUGGGGACACCUUGAUUUCAUCUGGGGCCUUGAUGCAACUGAGAAAAUGUAUCUGAAAAUCAUUGAAUUAAUGAAGAAAUAUUUUUGAAACCAUGAGCAGAGUGUUGAUUGUAAAAACCUCCAAAAUUUCUAUUUGGCAAUAAGAGUGGUAUCUGGGGAAGAGAUUAAGACACAGGCACACAUAAUGGAUACUUCUAUUGGUAUUUAUUUGUUUUUAUUUAUUUCUUACUUUUCUCAUAAUUUGAGUGUUACCGUGGUGUUAUUGUGACUGCUGUCUUCCUGAGAAGUCUGAGGUAUAUAAGAAUGAAAGCUGAAAACUUGAAUAUAUUUGAGUCAUUCUCAUGCCCAAUUUUUGUCUUCCUAUGAAGACCCAAAAUAUGAUUUCAUCUUUGCUCUGUUGAAAUGAAAAGUUUUGUUUAAAUUAAAUUAUUGAUCCCCUUGA